UAAAUAUUGAUUGGUGGGUGACAGUCAUAUAAAUGAAGUGAGAAACUGUAGUUUGUUGGUUGUUGCAAAGCAAGCAAGCACAAUAUUUGAGGGUGUGGAAGAAGAUAAGCAAAGCCUAAGGAGAGGGAGCAGAGUGCAUUUAUUGUGGAGUCAAAUUACAAGAGUAGUAACCAUUAAUAGAAACAAAAAUCUAAUCAUUAAAGUAUCAUUAGUUGUGACUUGGCCAAAUUAAGAUUAACUUUUGUCCUGAAAGGACAGCACUAUGUUUUUAUGGGAGCAAUGCAAUGCAAUGCAAUGCUGCCAUAAAUCAUAAUCUCUCGCCUUAUCACAUUCUCUCACUCUUUCACUACCAGACACUCUCGUACACACACGUUCACAAGGCCAACUGGCAAUAUUGAUUCAUUCGCAUAAAGAUAAAAUAAGAAGGCGAAAGGAUUGUGCAAAAGGACAGAACCAGUUUACAAUUCUUAGACAAUUCCUCUCUCUUUCUACCUCUUUCUUAUUUUAUUUUUUUUAUAUCAAUUCUCCUUUUACUCCUUUUCUUACUUGUGCUUAGAAGAAGAACUACAUAAGAAGCACAAGGGGUAAGAGACACAGGGAAAUCAAAGCAGCUGCUACCUCUAGCUCCUCUACCACUAUAUGAUCUUUCAUUUCAUCCUUCGACUUUUACUUGAUCAUAUUUCAUAUCAGACAUAUUGAAAAUCUAUUAAAACAACACCAACCUUGGUGCCUGAAGAAAGAAGGGUCGAAUGGAUUAUCAAAUAUCUUCUGCUUCACAAUACAGUAAUGGUAGUGAAUCCGGUUGGACCCAUUAUUUGGACCAAUCUUCUCUUUCUGAAAAUUACUUCCGGAGGAGAAGUGGGGUGGUGGAGGAUGAAGGAAAGGGAGCAAGAAUGGAGGAGUCUGAGGAAGAUUUAUCCAUGGUAUCUGAUGCUUCUUCUGGACCUCCACAUUAUGAUAACGAAUACUGUUGUCAGAAUUGGUAUCCUUGCCUUUCUUCUACAACCAAAGAAUCCCAAAAGAAGAAGGUCAAAGAAUAUGGCAGAAGUCAACAGUCUUCACCUCUCGAUGACACUGCAAGCUCUCCGUUUUUCAACUAUCCCGUGGAGAGUCACAAGAAGCAAGACAGUUUCCCCGGGAAUGGAGAAGUUGAGAGUGCAUUGGAUUUUUCUCAAUGCGUAUCUGCGACAAGAAUAAAGAAAAAGACAAAAUUCAAGAAGCACUUGAGUUUCUUGGAGAGGUCUAUAGCUGGAAAGCUUGCCACAGAGGAAGAAGGUGGUUUUGAUGAAGAAGGGAAAUGAGUUAUUUUGCUGUAGACCUUGUCACUGUUGUUGCUGCAUUGCUGUGGAAAGAGAGACCAGAAGAAUGGAGGUCAAAGGAGAGAAGCUACUCAAUGUCUGGCAAAAGGAACUCCUUUUUCUUUUUCUUUUUCUUUUUUAUUUUUUCAAAAUAUUUUAAAAAAGAAAAGCUCUUAUGUUGUAAUUUUACCUUUUUUUUUUUUUUUAAUCUACUCGUAUGCUACUGCCUAUGGUAUUGGGAGCAACCUAAGAGAAUAUAGGAAACUGAAUAAGGUUUGUGUCCUCCAUUUUCUUUUGUUGUCAUUAGUGGCAGGCAUCUCUGGGACCUCCCAGGUCGUGUUCUUUUGAUACUAUUCACAAACUCUUCCUCAUAUGGUAUUCACUAUUCCUCCUUUUUCUCCAGUAAUAAUAAACACAAAAGAAAACCGAAUUAACUAAUUCACCACUGAACACAGCUAGCUAGCAAGAGAGCCAGAGAAAAAGGAAAAGUCAUUUCACCACUCACCAGCAUGAAGCAUAUAUCAAAUCCAAAGGCCUAGUAAUGAGUAGUGACCCACUUUAAUAAAUUGAGGCAGUGACAGCCUAGCUCACAACCACUUUGGAUGGGUAAAUGUGGCAAGGUAACUUAGCUUCACACCCAAAAUGGACAAUGUAUCCAAAUCAAACCAAAAGCCAACCUUCAUUUUAGGAGCAACCCCACCACCUUGUGAAAACUAUUCCACUUCAAUUCUCAUCCAUUCAUAACACUCCCUACAAUUAUUGAACUUUUGUUUUGGUAGGAUAUAUAUCAAACAAAAUCUUUUAUUCGUAGUUUUUAUAUCCUCAGACUCCAACCAACUGCAUGGAUCUACUACAAAAUAACUCAGAUAUUUGGAAACGGACAAACUCAUUAUUAUUUCACCUGUCAUUCUUACUUUAUUGUGUACUAUUUAAUUAAUAUUUGUAAUUGGAAAUUACAGUGUUACAACUCCUCCAAUGCCAACCAUGGAACACGCGAGAUUUAGAAUGGAAGACUCGCGUAGCUUUCCAACAUAUACACCGAAUUAGAAAACGCUUAAUAAAAAAAAUUAAGUUGCUUCCAGAUUCUCCCAAAAACAUUCCUA